CAACUUCUUCAUUCUGUCCCGUCUUCCACAUAGCAAUAGCACGCAACUUCCCCUCGGACCAUCAAGCAAUUGCCAGAAUCAUUCGUUAAUUUGGAGCCAGAAUACGUUGCUGUUGGUUCCAAUACGGUGUGACCUUAAGCGUAGGUCAAUUAUAUUUUGGCCCCGGUGCAUCUAAUGUGAAACGAACGAAGGAGCGGUUUAAGGUAUUAUUCAGGUGAAGAAGAACUGAGCUAAUUUAGUAACAAUCAUCAAGAUGCCUUCGGAUCUGAAAGAAUUCCUACGGCAAGCGGCGAUGCAGGUCGGAGCUGGGGGAUCGGCCGGUUUCGUAGAGGUGUGCAUAAUGCACCCGCUGGAUUUGGUCAAAACAAGGCUGCAGCUGCAAGCUAGCCCUUCUGCCGGUGCUGCUAAAUCCACGACCUACUACAACGGGGUGUUUGAUUGCAUCCGCAAAAUGGCCCGAUCGGAGGGAGUGUUUUCACUGUACAAAGGCAUCCUGCCGCCGGUGUUGGUGGAAACGCCCAAGCGUGCGGUCAAAUUUUUAACCUUCGAGCAGUACAAACGUUUCUUUCUGUUCGGAUCGGACAAACCAACGCCACUGACAUUUUCGUUGGCUGGCCUGGGAGCGGGCGUAACGGAAGCUAUUCUGGUCAAUCCAUUCGAGAUGGUGAAGGUUACCCUGCAGGCAAACAAGAAUAAGAUGGGACAGGUCCCCAGCACGUGGGCCGUUACGAAGCAAAUCAUCAACGAGUCCGGCUUCGGGCUGAACGGAUUGAACCGCGGUUUAACCGCCACCAUCGGUCGCAACGGUGUGUUCAACAUGAUCUACUUUGGCUUUUACCACAGCGUGAAAGGGAUCGUUCCGGAGUAUAAGGAUCCUGUGCAAGAAUUCCUGCGCAAAGUUGGCAUCGGUUUCGUGAGUGGAACACUCGGCUCGAUCGUGAAUAUUCCCUUCGACGUGGCCAAAUCCCGCAUCCAGGGCCCUCAACCAAUUCCCGGACAGGUGAAGUACCGUACCACGUUCGGGUCGAUGGUGAUCGUGGCGCGCGAGGAAGGGUUUGGGGCACUGUACAAAGGCCUCACCCCGAAGGUGAUGCGGCUCGGGCCGGGCGGUGCAAUCAUGCUGGUAGUUUACGACUAUGUGUACGCCUUUCUGGACGACUACUUUAAGUAGUAGUAGUUGCGCAACGCACUAGGAGGACAGAGCCAGAUCAAAAUGGGACGGAACAUUCGUAAAAAACAACAACAUUCCAUUAGAUAAUUGAAGCGGUGCUUCCCUUUUUUAUAUGUGUUUUUUUUUCUCAGUAUUUGAAGCACAUUCGGCUUGUUGGUGCGAUCAAGAUGGUAAGUCGCAUUUAUACAAAAAAUACAGAUGCAUUUAUAAAUUACCGGUUUUGCUCGGUAACGGAUGGUUUGAUGGGAAAAAUAUAUUUAAAAUAGUUUUGGAGUCAUAUUUUCAUCCCUAAAAUGGGCAUUUGUAGAGUUUUUUUUUUUUUUUUGAAAAU